CAUCAUAACCAAUUGUGUGCCAUGGCCCUCCAUUAUUCAAAAUGGUGUUUCCCAACAUCUUUCAAAAAGCCUCAUUAUGUUGCAACAAAGGCACAUCUUUCUCAUGCUAACCAAUGGAACAUUCUUCAGCAAAACCAAAGAACUGUUUUUCAGGAUGAUAUAAGCAUUAAUCAUGCACAGAAACUGAUGGAACUGAAGCAUGCACUACUUAGUGAAAAUAAUAAUUCACUGCAAGGAAUGCAAAUGAUUGAUGCAAUGCAGCGUCUAAAUGUUGAUUACCACUUUCAAGAGGAAAUUCAUUCAUUCUUACAGAGGGACUAUGUCGUCAUUUCCACCACUUUUGGUCAUGGGGGUGCCUUUGCCCACCAUCAUCUUCAUCACCUUGCUCUCUCCUUUCGUCUCUUCAGACAACAAGGUCACUUUGUGCCUCCAGAGGUGUUUGAAAAGUUCAGAGACAAGGAAGGAAAAUUCAGGCAAGAACUAUUAGUAGGAGGAGGAGGAGACAUCGUGAAGGGAAUGAUGGAAUUAUAUGAAGCCUCACAAAUAAGCAUAAAGGGAGAAGACAUGCUAGAUGAAGCUGGAGAAUUCAGUUGCAAGUUCUUGAAGGAAAGGUUGGCUUACCUUGACAAUGAUGAUGAUGAAGCCAAGUUUGUGAGGAGCACUAUUGAAAACCCUUUCCACAAAAGCUUGCCAAUGUUCACUGCCAGAGAUUUCUUAAGAAAUUUUCAUGGUGGCAUGAAUAAUAAUAAUAAUGAAUGGUUUGGUUCCUUAAAAGCACUUGCAAAGAUGGAUUUCACUUUGUUGCAACGCUUACACCAGCAGGAAAUCAUUCAAAUCUCUAAAUGGUGGACAAAACUUGGUUUACCCAAUGAGUUACAGUAUGCAAGAAAUCAACCAUUGAAAUGGUACAUUUGGUCGUUGGCAUGCCUCUCAGAUCCUAAUUUCUCAGAAGAGAGGAUUGAUCUAACUAAAUCAAUCUCUUUCAUAUACAUAAUAGAUGACAUUUUCGAUGUGUAUGGGACUUUAGAUGAACUCACUCUUUUCACUGAUGUUGUUUCUAGAUGGGAUGUUACAGUUGCUGAUGAGUUACCAGAUUACAUGAGAAUAUGCUUUAGGGUCCUCUAUGAUCUUACUAAUGAAAUCAGCUUCAAGAUCUACCAAAAACAUGGAUGGGAUGCCAACAAUUUUCUUAGAAACGCAUGGAAGAGAUUGUGCAAAGCCUUCUUAGUUGAAGCAAAAUGGUUUGCUUCAGGGAAGAGUCCAAGUUCUGAAGAGUACUUGAAAAAUGGAAUAAUAAGCUGUGGGGUGCAUAUUGUGCUGGUUCACAUUUUCUUUAUGUUGGGUGAAGGAUUGAGCAGUGAAAAUGUUAAAAUCAUAGACGGAAUCCCAGAUAUAAUUUCUUCUUCGGCAACUAUUCUUCGGCUUUGGGAUGAUUUGGGAAAUGCUGAGGAUGAGAAUCAAGAAGGCAAUGAUGGGUCAUACGUGGAUUGUUUAUUGAUGGAACAGAAAGGGUUGGCAAGGAAAGAAGCAAGAGAGGAAGUUAUGAAUAUGAUCAAUGAUGCAUGGAAGAGGCUCAACCAAGAGUGCUUCUUUGAGAACACAUUCCCUAAGCCAUUCACUAAGGCCUCUCUCAAUCUUGCAAGGAUGGUUCCUUUGAUGUAUACUUAUGACAACCACCACUCCCUUCCCAUGCUUGAGCCUCAAGUCAAGUCUUUGCUUUAUGACAAUUCUCUUUUUCUUUAAUUCAUAUAAUUCAACCAAAAUAUUUUUUACAAAAUAGAAAACUAGACCAA